AUGGGAAGACAAAACAACAUUUUGGAAAAACUGGCUGAGACCUUUCAGAUCCGUCAUGUGCUCCUCCGCCAGGCCCUGGCAGAGUGCCUGGGAACCCUUAUUCUGGUGGUGAUGUUUCCCCCCUCAAUUAUCCAAAUGUUUGGUUGUGGUGCAGUAGCACAGAUGGUCCUAAGCGGAGGCUCCCAUGGCACGUUCCUCACCGUCAACUUUGCUUUUGGUUUUGCCGCAACUUUGGGCAUCCUUGUUAGUGGGCAGAUCUCAGGUGAGGAUAUACUGAAUGAAUAUCUGAACCCAGCGGUGACAUUCACACUGUGUUUUCUUGGAAGAGAGCCUUGGAGGAAGUUCCCGUUGUUCUUUUUGUUCCAGACUCUUGGAGCCUUUCUGGGUGCAGCAAUUGUAUUUGCCAGGUAUUUUGAUGCAUUAUCGGACUUCAGCCAGGGGGAGCUGGUAGUGGGGAAGAAUGCCACAGCUGGGAUUUUUGCCACAUAUCCUUCCAAACAUCUCACCCUGAUUAAUGGAUUCUUUGAUCAGAUAAUUGGAACAGCAGCACUGAUUGUGUGCAUCCUGGCGAUAGUGGAUCCAUACAAUAAUCCAAUCCCUAGAGGUCUGGAGCCCUUCACUGUUGGUUUUGUGGUGCUGGUCAUCGGGCUGUCGAUGGGCUUCAACUCUGGCUAUGCUGUCAACCCAGCCAGGGACCUGGGACCACGCAUCUUCACGGCUCUUGCUGGUUGGGGUGGAGAGGUUUUCACAGCACACACCUACUGGUUCUUUGUGCCCAUCUGCGCCCCCUUCCUGGGAGCAGUGGUAGGUGUGCUGAUGUACCAGCUAAUAAUCGGAUAUCAUUUGGAAAGAGAAGUGCAAGAGAAGCAGAAGAAGGAGGAGGAGGACAGGUUUAAACUUUCCAAUAUUACAACCAAUGAAGAUGCAUGA